ACCAGAAGGUUUGCUGUUUUCCAUCCUCCCAGGAGUGGACAUCUUUCCAGGCAGAGAUUCUCAGCCUCUGGUUGAUAAAUGCCUCCAUGAAGAAUGGCUGUAGAAUGCCAGCUCACCUCUCCAUGGAAGAAGAGAGUGAAGAGGAGCCCAAACUGAAGUAUGAAAGGCUCUCCAAUGGGGUAACUGAAAUCCUUCAGAAGGAUGCCGCUAGCUGCAUGACAGUCCACGACAAGUUCUUGGCGCUGGGCACACAUUAUGGCAAGGUUUAUUUACUGGAUGUCCAGGGGAACAUCACUCAGAAGUUUGAUAUAAGUCCUGUGAAGAUAAAUCAGAUUAGCCUGGAUGAAAGUGGCGAACACAUGGGCGUGUGUUCAGAGGAUGGCAAGGUGCAGGUGUUUGGACUGUAUUCUGGAGAAGAAUUUCAUGAGACUUUUGACUGUCCCAUUAAAAUCAUCGCCGUGCAUCCGCAUUUCGUGAGAUCCAGCUGCAAGCAGUUUGUGACCGGAGGGAAGAAGUUGCUGCUGUUUGAACGGUCUUGGAUGAGCAGAUGGAAGUCUUCAGUUCUGCACGAAGGAGAAGGGAACAUACGGAGUGUGAAGUGGAGGGGCCAUCUGAUUGCCUGGGCCAAUAAUAUGGGUGUGAAGAUUUUUGACAUCACCUCAAAGCAAAGAAUCACCAAUGUGCCCCGGGAUGAUAUAAGUCUUCGCCCCGAUAUGUAUCCCUGUAGCCUCUGCUGGAAGGACAGUGUGACACUGAUCAUUGGCUGGGGCCCCUCUGUCAAGAUAUGCUCGGUGAAGGAACGGCAUGCCAGUGAAAUGAGGGACUUGCCGAGCCGAUACGUUGAAAUAGUGUCUCAGUUUGAAACUGAAUUCUACAUCAGUGGACUCGCACCUCUCUGUGAUCAGCUUGUUGUACUUUCCUAUGUAAAGGAGGUUUCCGAAAAAACGGAAAGAGAAUACUGCGCCAGACCCAGACUGGAUAUCAUCCAGCCGCUUUCCGAGACUUGUGAAGAGAUCUCUUCUGAUGCCCUGACUGUGAGAGGCUUUCAGGAAAAUGAAUGUAGAGAUUAUCACUUAGAAUACUCGGAAGGGGAGUCACUCUUCUACAUUGUGAGUCCAAGAGAUGUUGUCGUAGCCAAGGAACGAGACCAAGAUGACCACAUCGACUGGCUCCUUGAAAAGAAGAAAUAUGAAGAAGCUCUGAUGGCAGCUGAAAUUAGCCAAAAGAACAUUAAAAGACAUAAGAUUCUGGACAUCGGCUUGGCAUAUAUAAACCACCUGGUGGAGAAAGGAGAGUACGACAUAGCGGCACGCAAAUGCCAGAAAAUUCUUGGGAAAAAUGCAGCACUCUGGGAAUAUGAAGUUUAUAAAUUUAAAGAAAUCGGACAGCUUAAGGCUAUUAGUCCUUAUUUGCCAAGAGGGGAUCCAGUUCUGAAACCACUCAUCUAUGAAAUGAUCUUGCAUGAAUUUUUGGAAAGUGAUUAUGAGGGCUUUGCCACACUGAUCCGAGAAUGGCCGGGAGAUCUGUACAACAAUUCAGUAAUAGUUCAAGCAGUUCGGGAUCAUCUGAAGAAAGACAGUCAGAACAGAACCUUACUUAAAACCCUGGCAGAAUUGUACACCUAUGACAAAAACUAUGGCAAUGCUCUGGAAAUAUACUUAACGUUAAGACAUAAGGAUGUUUUCCAGUUGAUCCACAAGCAUAACCUUUUCAGUUCUAUCAAGGAUAAAAUUGUUUUAUUAAUGGAUUUUGAUUCCGAGAAAGCUGUUGACAUGCUUUUGGACAAUGAAGAUAAAAUUUCAAUUAAAAAGGUAGUGGAAGAAUUAGAAGACAGACCAGAGUUGCAGCACGUGUAUCUGCAUAAGCUUUUCAAAAGAGACCAUCAUAAGGGGCAGCGCUACCACGAGAAGCAGAUCAGCCUUUACGCUGAAUUCGACCGACCCAACUUGCUUCCAUUUCUCCGAGACAGUAUCCAUUGCCCCCUUGAAAAGGCUCUUGAGAUCUGUCAACAGAGAAACUUUGUAGAAGAGACAGUUUAUCUUCUGAGCCGAAUGGGUAACAGCCGAAGUGCCCUGAAGAUGAUCAUGGAGGAAUUACAUGACGUUGAUAAAGCGAUUGACUUUGCCAAGGAACAGGAUGACGGGGAACUCUGGGAAGAUCUGAUUUUAUAUUCCAUCGACAAACCACCCUUUAUCACCGGCUUGUUAAACAACAUCGGCACGCAUGUUGACCCGAUUCUACUGAUUCACCGUAUUAAGGAAGGAAUGGAGAUUCCUAAUUUGAGAGACUCCUUGGUUAAAAUUCUGCAAGACUACAAUCUGCAAAUUCUGCUUCGCGAAGGCUGCAAGAAGAUUCUCGUAGCUGACUCCUUGUCCUUACUGAAGAAGAUGCACCGAACUCAAAUGAAAGGCAUUCUGGUUGACGAGGAGAACAUCUGUGAGUCCUGUCUUUCCCCUAUUCUCCCAUCAGACGCAGCUAAGCCCUUCAGCGUGGUGGUCUUCCACUGCCGCCAUAUGUUCCACAAGGAGUGCCUGCCUAUGACCAGCAUGAACUCUCCUGUGCAGUUCUGUAACAUCUGCAGUGCAAAGCACCGGGGACCAGGAAGUGCUAUUCUGGAGAUGAAAAAAUAGCCCAGCUCUGUUUGCCAGCCUCUGCCUCGCCUCACCGCUCUCUGAAGACCAUUUCUGCAGCAACAGAAGCUUUUGUUGACACCAGUGCCGUUAAGAGAUUUGUACAGGUUUAUGUCAUGCUUAAGAAAAGCUUCUUCAUCUUCUCCCAUUUACUAGAUGUUGCUCUUUGCAGUUGAUAAAGUUAGGGUUUUCCCUGUCCACGCCUUGAUGGGGGUUCACAGUCAGUAUUUCAUCAUUUAUUUGUUUGACUCAUUAUUUAGGAACGGAAACCUAAGUCUUGGAGUUGGAAGUGACUUUUUUUCGGUGCUAGUAAAACCAUCCGGCCGUCAUGUGGACUGCUGAGAGUUGGCCCUGGCUGGCCGAGUGCAUCUCACUGUGGCCAUCCAGCAGCUCCUUGGACCUUGUUUCCAUAUGCUCUGCCAGCAACAACUCUCAAAUUCUGGGUUUGGCUUUUUUUUUAAUAUGUCAUCAGCUGUUAUCUUCUUAAUAGGCACUGAAUGAUACAUGGUGCCUGUUGUCACUGACUCAGUGACGUCUGGGAAUAACGAGCCGUCUGACGCUCUGCAGUUUUAUGUUGACUAAUGACACGUUCUCUUUGUCUUGAUGACCAGCAGUGUCUGGCCCUGGCAGGCAUUCUGUGUUUGUUGAUUGAAUAAACAUUAGCUCUUCCCACUGUGAAA